CAUUCAUGCAGCCGGAUAAAGGGAGACAGAGAAGUAGAGGACAAAUUAUACUUGAGAAAAAACAGAUGGUUUUCUUCAGUGGUUUUGGAGAACGCUGGCCUGGAUGACCCAGUGGAAACUGUAGUGUAACUAAUGACCGGCCCACUGGACGUUUUAAUUGCUGCCUCAUAUCUGCUGGAGCCUGGCUCAUCCUGCAUCUGAGAUAUUUAUAAUCUGAACAUGCUGGAGUUAUGACAUCAUCCGGCACUGCUGACUAUGACAAGCGUUUGGGGAAGCAUGCAAACCGUUCUGUCAUGGGGACAAUGGGUUGUCAGAAGACUUGCAAGAUGGAGAAACUCCUGAAACAGUCGCAGUGGGAAGUAGCGUGGAGCCAGAGACAACGGUUAGCCACAGCAAAGAAGAACAGCCGGAUUAGAGGCACAGAUAAGCUGAGAAAUGAAGUUUUGCCCCUCCAGCUCCCAGGUGCGCAGCGUUUGGACAGCUUUCGUCUUCUAAAGGACAACAGUGGAGCUCUAAGACUCAACCCUGAGACCCCGAGCCACCAAAGGCAAAAGCAGAAGUUACUGGAGACUGAGAUCAGCACCAGAAGAAAGGAGUGUGAAGCACUUGAAGCGGAGGUGAAGAAAAAGAAUCAAACAUGUCAGACUUUGGAGAAUGAGCUUCAAGAUUUCCUCCAGGAGAACAAACAUUUGAACCUCCAGUUCUUCAACAAUAGCCACAAGACAUCUGAGUAUGAGAAGGUGAAGUCUGAGUAUGCCCAGCUCAAAGAGACCCUUGGUGCUGUGACGCAGGAGAGAGAUUUAGCCCUGUGGGAGAGGAACCAGCUCCAAGGCAAACUGGAGAACCUAGAGCAGGUGCUCAAGCAUAUGCGCGAGGCUGCAGAGCGGCGGCAGCAGCUAGAGUUGGAGCAUGAGCAGGCCUUGGCUGUACUCAAUGCCAAGCAGCAGGAGAUUGAAGUUCUUCAGAAGGCUCAGGUUGAGGCAAAAAAGGAACAUGAAGGCGCUGUCCAUCUGUUAGAGAACCACUUGGACAGCAUGCAGGCCAAAGUCCGCGAGCUGGAGGAAAAAUGUCGGUCUCAGAGUGAGCAGUUCAACCUCCUGUCAAAAGAGCUGGAGAAGUUCCGGCUCCAGGCUGGGAAGUUUGAUAUCCUCAGCACUGAACCCCUAACUCUAUGUGAAUCUCCUGGGUCGCCCAACAAAUCCCUCUCACAGCUCCUUAAUGGACUGGCUGCCCCCAUAGGAAAAGGCAAUGAGGCUCCAACAAGCAGAUCUUUGAUAUCUGAGUUCAUUCGACCACUCCAGAUCAGUGGAGACAAGCCUGAGCUCCUCUCUGUCAAGCCAACAUUCCUCACUCGCGGCCGAGUCAGCAGCCCAGCACGGGCUUCCCACUCUGAGAUGGACAAAGAGCUCAGCUCAACUACCAGGUCCAAACUGAGGUUUACGGGGAAGGUUCGUCUGUGUAUUGCUCGGUACAGUUACAAUCCUUAUGACGGGCCUAAUGAGCAUCCUGAGGCAGAGCUCCCCCUGGUGGCAGGGAAGUACCUCUACGUUUACGGGACGAUGGAUGAGGAUGGCUUUUACGAAGGAGAGCUGCUAGAUGGACAGCGGGGACUCGUCCCAUCCAAUUUUGUGGAAUUUGUCCAAGAUGCGGAGACAACCUCUGCCCAACACAGGGACACAGUGGCUAAAGAACCUGGCUACCUCAACCACAGUAGCCUGGGGCCUCAGAGACUGAAAUUCGGCACAGGAACGGGAACGAGCAUAAGCAGCCUGCUGUCGGACAGUAAACUAGACUGUCUAAGCACCAGCAGCUUGGGCAUGGACCUCCUGGGCUCCUCCAGCAACGGGACAGGAACCUUGGAUGUCAGCACUGACGAGGUCGGUGAAGACAUUGUGCCUUAUCCUCGCCGCAUCAACCUGAUUAAACAACUGGCCAAGAGUGUGAUUAUUGGCUGGGAUCCUCCCGUGGUGCCACCGGGCUGGGGCUCCAUCAGUGGCUACAAUGUCUUGGUGGAUAAGGAGGUGUGCAUGAGUGUCCCCUACGGGGGCAGGACAAAGUCUCUUCUUGAAAAGCUCAAUCUGGCCACCAACACCUACCGCAUCUCAGUGCAGAGCAUCACCGACCGCGGCCCGUCGGACGAGCUCCGGUGCACUCUGCUCGUGGGAAAGGAUGUGGUGGUGGCACCUUACUACCUGCGGGUGGACAGCAUCACGCAGGUCUCUGCUGAGCUCUCUUGGAUGUCCAGCAACAGCAACUACAGUCACACCAUCUUCCUCAAUGGUGCAGAGUACGACAUGGUCAAGGCGGGGGGCUAUAAGUACAAGUUCUUCAACCUGAAGUCCAUGACAGUUUACAAGGUGAAGGUUGUGGCGCAGCCGCAUCAGGUGCCUUGGCAGCUUCCGAUGGGUCAAAGGGACAAGAGGGAAAUCUCUGUGGAGUUCUGCACUCAGCCUGCAGUGUGUGUGUUGUGCUCCUCAGGGCCCCCUCUCCCUCCCCAGGAGGUGCAGGUCCAGUGUGGUCAGACGCCGGGGGUCCUGCAGGUCAGAUGGAAGCCGCCGCCUCUGACGUCUUCAGGAACCUCCAACGGUGCCAGUGUGAUUGGUUAUGCCGUGUGCACAAAGGGACAAAAGAUAGCAGAGGUAUUAUACCCCACAGCAGACUAUACGACUGUGGAGUUAAACAGGAUCCAGUGUCUGGAGGCCAGGGAACUCAUUGUAAGGACGUUAUCAACACAAGGAGAGUCCCAGGACUCGCCCGUGGCCGUCAUCCCGCACAAUCUCUUGGGCUCGCCACGCCUCUCCCACCGAACCAUUGCACCGUCCCACACCAUGGCGCUCCCGCAGUCCCAUCCGGCACACUCACAAACCCAUCCUCCUUAUCCGUCGACGUACCCCCUGAAUCAUCCUCAGCCCCAGGUGCAGCCUCUGCCUCGAACCCAGCCCCACACGCUGCCCCACGCACAGCCGCACUCGCAGCCCGUCUGCCAACCCCCUUCUCAUCCCCAGCCUCAUUUCCAGUGCCACCCCAUGCCCAAGUCCAAACCGUUAGUAAGUGCCAGAGAGCCCGAAACCAAAGAGCAUGAGGUGGGAUUGCGGACAGCCCAGCCCUGGGAGCGAUCCCCCUCGCCGCUGCCUCCCAUGCGUGGACCCAACCUGGAGCCGCCGCACUUCCAGCCACGGCGAUCGCCCUCUCCUCAGAGGAUCCUGCCACAGCCUCAGGGAGUCCCCAUCCCCAACACCAUCGCCAAGGCCAUGGCCAGGGAAGCUGCCCAGAGAGUGUUUGCCGAGGGCAACCAGGUUGAGAAAAGGAACAUCUUUAGUGAGCGAGGUAACGCCUUGCAUCCUCUCAACUCUGACGAGGAGGAGGAUGGCUACGACUCUCCUCAUUCGAGGAGAAGAGGAGCCUCGGUGGAUGAAUUCCUCAGAGGCUCAGAGUUGGGCAGACAGCACCAUCAUCCCCACUACAGCCACAGUGAGGAGUACCACACGGAGAGUAGCCGGGGUUCGGACCUGUCCGACAUAAUGGAGGAAGAUGAGGAAGAUCUUUACUCUGAGAUGCAACUGGAGGAGGGCCGUAGGCGCAGUAUCAACUCUCACAACACUCUUAAGAUCAUUGGGAACUCAGCAUCACAUGGGAGCGCUGAUCGCCUGGAGCACUCAGGGAGGAGGCCGGUUCACAUCGGCAACCCCCCUCAGCAACGGCCCAUCCCAUCCAUUGAGAUCACCAUGGACAGUAACAGUGAGGGGAGUGAGGGGAACCUCUCACCCGUCAAGGAGGAUGUUUACUAUGGCAGUGUAGCUCGGCGAAGGAUAUGGCGAUCUAUGUCCUCAGAGGAUCAAUAUGACGGCUAUGGCGGGCGCAGGCACGGGCGGGGACGGCGCUCCCCGGAGUACUUUGAGGAGUCUGAGCCGGAGGAGAUGACCCGUGUGUUCGUGGCUCUGUUCGACUACGACCCCAUGUCCAUGUCGCCCAACCCCGACGCUGCUGAUGAGGAGCUGCCAUUCAAGGAGGGCCAGAUCAUCAAGGUCUUUGGGAAUAAAGACACAGACGGCUUCUACAGGGCGGAGGUCCGAGACCGCGUGGGUCUGAUCCCCUGUAACAUGGUCUCUGAGAUCCAAACGGAGGACGACGACAUGAUGGACCAGCUCCUCAAACAGGGCUUCCUGCCACUCAACACUCCUGUGGAGAAGUUAGUGAACUGUGACCGUUUCAAAGAUGGCCGCUCAAUAAACCGCAGGUCCAGAAAGUCCAAGAGAGAGAGGAACAGGCGGAGUGGCCGCCAACAUCCAAUGUCCACACGGAGGAUGGUGGCUCUGUACGACUAUGACCCCCGAGAGAGCUCCCCUAACGUUGAUGUAGAGUAUGAGGGCAACAGACUGAAUGAGGAGGCUGAACUGACUUUCUGUGCCGGUGACGUCAUCACAGUUUUUGGUGAAAUAGAUGAAGAUGGGUUUUACUACGGCGAGCUCAAUGGACACAAGGGACUCGUUCCUUCCAACUUUCUAGAAGAAGUGCCUGAUGAUGUCGAGGUUUUUCUCACUGACUCACCAUCUCGAUACCCCCAGGACACUCGGGUGUCGGCUGCACGGAUAAAGACCAAAAGGGUUCCAUUGGAAAAAUCGGGUCCGCCCAGAAGAGCAGGCUCACCCACAGUGCGUCCACACAUCCCCGGCUCUGGCCCUGCCACCGUGGGGCCCGGCCGUCUCAUCAGGGCCCCACCGGACAUGUACUCCUCCAAAAAGAAAAAGGGACUGCUCUCCAAAGGGAAGACACUAUUGCAAAGACUCGGCGCUGUAAAAUAAUUUCUUGACAUACUUGGAAAGUGUCAACCACGUCCUUGUAGUGUUAAAAGAAAAGAAAAAAGAUUUGGCAUUUGUGAGCUUAGCAAAUGCUUUAUUCUUGUACAUCUGUUGUCUACUACAAUAUUUGUAUUUUGUUAACGGUAUCAACUACAUAUUUUCGAUAACAUUUCAUAUUAUGAUCCCGAGACCUCGUGGUGUCGGCCGAUGUAGUAUCGAGCAUCUUACCUCCAAGUCUCUGACUGAUGUUCUGCUGUAGACGGAGACCAGGCCCGGGGCAUUCUCCUUGUUGCACCUGAUCGAGUCUGAUGGCACUUAAAACACCACAUGAGGAGUCUGACCGGCGUCUGUGUGUAACAGAAUGUCAUUCAAACACUGAGGGAUCAUCAAAUAAACCUCGGGAGUCCAUUUUGAAUCUGGAGGAAAAGACAGGGCCUGGUAAAGACCUCGACCUGAGCUUAUUUUCAAAACAGCCAGCCACAUGAACUGUAUGAGAGGUUUGCAUGCUUUGCUUCAGCACAUUCCCUCCUGACCCCUCGAGUGCAUGCAACAGGACGGCUCAGUACGGAACCUGGAGCAUGCAGUACUUUUAAUUUGACGCAGUAUACUGUGGUGUAACUCAUCAGCAGCAUUAACUCCUACUCAUCUGCCCUAUCUUAAUUGUGAGAGACAAGCC